GUACCACAAAGACCAAAGUCUAGCGCCAUGGCGGAUGAGAUAGCAAAAGCUCAGGUUGCCCAGCCCGGCGGAGAUACAAUCUUCGGCAAAAUCAUUCGCAAGGAGAUUCCUGCAAAAAUAUUAUUUGAAGAUGAUCAGUGCAUAGCCUUCCAUGAUGUUACCCCACAGGCCCCUACUCAUUUUUUGGUUGUCCCAAGAAAACCAAUUGUGCAACUGUCAAAAGCAGAGGACAGUGAUGCGGCUCUCCUGGGCCACAUGAUGAUAGUGGCCAAGAAGUGUGCCGAGCAGAUUGGCCUGCCCAAGGGCUACAGGCUGAUCUUGAACGACGGGCCCGACGGUGGCCAGUCCGUCUACCACAUCCACAUCCACGUGAUGGGCGGACGCCAGUUGGGCUGGCCCCCCGGCUAACUGUCCACACAGACCGUCUACCGUCCUGACCGCCAUCCGUCAUCUCUUUAUCCCCAGAUAGUCCAAUGCUGUCCCGAUGCAACUUAUUUCACUGUCAGUAUGUCACGUAGACCUACUACUUAUUUCACUGUCAGUCUGUCACGUAGACCUAAUGUGAUGAUAUAUCAACGGUAAAUAAAUGCACUUCACAAGCGC